CAUUAAAUCUCAUGAACUGAAGAAAAAAAUUAGUAACAUUUUUUUAAAAAGAGAGAGAGAGAGCUUAAGCCAAAGAUCUCUCAUUGACCUUUGCUUCUUCAUCUUCUUCUUCUUCUCCGAUCACAGUUUCUGGAUUCCACCAUUCUUCUCUUGUUAUCUUCGUGACCUAAUCUCGAUUCGAUCCAUGGAAUAAUCUCUGUCCGAAGAAGAUCUCUCAUUCCCCCAAAAGCAGACAGAUUCGAUUCAGCGUAAAUCCGAAACUUUCCCCCAAAAUUCGUGGAGUUUUUGUGUUAGGGUUUGGAUUUUCCUCAAAUUGAAUCGAUCAGAUCGGCUUGUAAAGAUGAAGAUAGCGGCCAAUGGCCGGUUUUUCACAAUCGGACUCGUCGCGUCAUGGUACUCAUCGAAUAUCGGAGUUUUGUUGCUGAACAAGUACUUGUUAAGCAACUAUGGAUUCAAAUAUCCGAUCUUCCUCACCAUGUGUCACAUGACGGCUUGUUCUCUUCUCAGCUACGUCGCCAUUGCGUGGAUGAAGAUGGUUCCGAUGCAAACGAUCCGAUCUCGAGUUCAGUUUCUUAAGAUCGCUGCGUUAAGUCUCGUUUUCUGUGUGUCGGUGGUUUUUGGGAAUAUUUCGCUUCGGUUUCUUCCUGUAUCGUUUAAUCAAGCGAUCGGUGCUACGACGCCGUUUUUCACCGCCGUGUUUGCUUAUCUGAUAACGUUCAAGAGAGAAGCUUGGUUGACUUACUUCACUCUCGUCCCUGUUGUUACCGGUGUUGUCAUUGCCAGUGGGGGUGAACCAAGUUUCCACCUGUUUGGAUUCAUUAUGUGCAUUGCAGCCACAGCUGCAAGAGCACUUAAAUCAGUUCUUCAAGGAAUUUUGCUAUCUUCAGAAGGGGAGAAGCUAAAUUCCAUGAACCUCCUCCUUUACAUGGCUCCCAUAGCUGUUGUGUUCCUCCUUCCUGCUACCCUUAUCAUGGAAAAAAAUGUUGUUGGCAUUACAAUUGCGCUUGCCAGAGACGAUUUUAGAAUCGUUUGGUAUCUGCUAUUCAAUUCAGCACUAGCUUAUUUCGUGAACUUGACCAAUUUCUUAGUCACGAAACACACCAGCGCUCUAACUCUCCAGGUGCUAGGAAACGCCAAAGGUGCAGUAGCAGUGGUGGUAUCCAUCCUGAUAUUCAGGAAUCCUGUCUCAGUGACUGGAAUGUUAGGUUACUCUCUCACUGUCUGUGGAGUUAUCCUCUACAGCGAAGCCAAGAAACGAAGCAAAUGAAAGAAGCAUUCAUUAUAUUUGUUCAGUCCCUCAGGUAAACAAACACAGGCAAGUUUCCUCCACUGUGAACUAAAAAACCUUACACAGCAUCUUUGGACCAAAAGCAAAGGAUGUGUGAAAGCAACACCAAAGGAUCAGAGUACCAAAAGUAAUCAUUUAGAGGACUUCACAAAUAAGUGAUUUUUUUCCCCUUCUUUUGUUCCAUUUUUUGUUAAUCGGAUUCUCUACUGCUUUCGUCGUAGGUUGUUCUAAGAGUAACUUCGAUUUAGCUUCUUCUUUUUUGUCGAUUCUUUACAUCUAGUUUUGUGAUAUCAACAUUUACAACAGUGAUUAAUUAAUGGAAAAGGACAAAGCGUUUUUUGUUUUC